UGCGACAGUGAUAACGAACCAGGCAUUGAACUUAUUUUUAGUACAGAUAAGAAUUUCCAUAAUGAUGCAGGCACUAAGAAAGCAAGGAACCCACAAGUGGUACAGUUGAAAGAAGACCAAGAGUUUGAUUUGCAAAUGACAAAAAAUAUGAACGAAAAUAGUGACAGUUGCAGUACAAAUAACUAUAAAAGCCUGAAACCUAAAUUAGAAAAUCUGAGUUCUUUACCACCAGAUUCUGACAGGACAUCAGAAGUAUAUCUAUAUGAGAAAUUACAGCAAGACAUACAAAAGUUUAAGAAUGAGGUCGACACAUUAGAAGAAGAGUUGCUGGCUUUGAAGAAAGAAACUGUUCAACUUCAGAAAGAGGUUGAAGAAGAAGUGGAGAAGCACAGAAGUAAUAGAACAGAAUCAACAGGAACCCUAACUGAUGGUGCUACUGUUGGCAGUGAUGAUGAUGGACUAAAUCAGCAGAUUCCUAGGAAGGAGAAUGGAGACCAUGACAGGUCUGCAGAUAAAACAUCUAAUCAAAAUAACAAGGUCAAAAACCAAAUACAUCCUGGGGCUGACUUUACUGACUCAGUGGAGCCAUCUGAAAUAGCCUCAGAGGACUGUGAGUUGUCUCAUUCUGUUUAUGAGAACUUUAUGUUGCUGAUGGAACAACUUACAAUGGAGUGUAAAGAUUCUGUUAGCCUAUCAAGAAUCCAAGACACAUUUUUUUUAUGUGAACCCUUACUGAAACUUAAGAAUAAUCGCUGUGACCAACUUAGAGUAAAAAUUAAACACAUGGAAAAUACGGUCAGUGUACUACAAAAUGAGCUAUUUGACAAGACAAAAUUACAGUUAGAGCUUCAAAAAAUUGAAUGGGAGAAAGAGCUGUACGAUUUGAGAUUUGCCUUAAAACAACAAAAUGAGGAGAAAAGAAAUGCCAAUAUAUUGUAUAAUAAAUAUCGUGAACAGUUAAGAAUAAAAGAAAAGGAAUAUAAGAAAGUGGUUGAAACAAAGCAACAACUUGAAUGGAAUCUGAGAAGACUUGUUAAAGAAUUGAGGACAGUAGGAAUGAACGUGGAUCCGGUUAUGCAGGAGCAAAACGAUGCUGAGAAGCAAAUUUCUGAAGAACAGAAUGCCAGAAUAUUACAAGAUCAGAUUCUGACUAGGAAAGAAAAGGAACUAGAAAUGGCUCAAAAGAAAAUUAAUUCUGAGAAAAGACCCUCUGGCGGUCUUGGCCCGGGAAUAUGGUGGUUCCAAGCACAGUGCUCUACUGAAAUGGUGCCAGAAGAAGACACAAGGCUAUGCGGACAGUAUCUGUUUUCUGUAAAAGUCAGAAAAGGAAGUAAUACCUGA